CAGGCGCAACGCACUGUUCAAAUCACGCUUCGUGAUUUUUGUAAUCAAGGUAAUGAGGAACGUUAGGAUGCUGAAGGGCUUUUAAGAGUACGCGAACUUAAGCAGAACAUUGUUAUUUUAUACCGAGUAGUGAUCUCGCCGUUUCCACAACAAACACGCGGAGUAGCUUGACUAUGGAGAGUCUGCGGAGUCUGCAUUUGAAGCCUCUGCAGUCAGUCAGAUGUUUGGCUUCCUGCGGCCCCGACAGGAGCUCCAAAGCUUUCGCUGCCCUGGCUGCUCAGAGAGACGCCAGCGCCUUCUUUGAGAAAUACAACUGGAGGGAAGUCCAGGAGCUUCUCAGUCAGACUACACACAGCUGGCUGUUCAGUGCUGAAGACUUCGCUCUGCCUGUGGACGCACCACCUGGAGUCAUCAGACAAAUGAAGAACUUCUCCCACACCAACGCCAUCAUCCUCGCGCCCUGUGACCCCAGUGUGCCACUGGACUACAAAGUUGUUCAGCAGAUAGUGAGGGAGCUGACGGUUGGCAUAUACUGCUUCAAUCAGGUGCCAGGGAUCAGCCUUCAGCCCAACUAUGACCAGAGCACGUCCUGCCAGCUGCCACCAGCAUACUGUGAUACCAGAGUAGGGCAGAUAUUGAUCAACAUAGACUACACUAUGAAGGCCCUCUGGCAUGGGGCGUACAUACCAGCAGAAAAACGCACCCGUUUCUCCGAGCUGUGGAGGUCCAGCAUGAGCGUGGAUUCAAAUGGCACCCCUCAGACAAAGACAGAUGUCUUUGCUGAGUUUCUUACAGCCGGUUUGCAGGACGUCUCAGACGACCCUUGUUAUCAGGGCAUAUAUGAUGAAGAUACAAAUGACGUCGACCCAACCUACGACCCCAACAGCACAGAGGAGCAGGAACUUUUCUCUCAGUUUGCAGAAAACAUCCUGCUGAAGAUCACCUCCUACCUGACCUCCAUCCAACAGCAUGAGAACCUGUUCACCUUCGAGGGGACUCACUCCCUGUCCAGUGUGGUCCGGCUGACCGAGGACAUGGUAGAGCUGGGCACGUACCAGCGGCUGCAGCAGAGACUGACCAGACACACAAGGCUGGUGAGGAAACAUCUGGGUCGUAAGGUGGAUCUGGGCAUGGACCUGGCUUACCUGAAGCUCAUCGGCUUCCUUGUGCCCUUCCUCGUAGGCCUGAGGAAGAAGAUGAGGAUUCCUGACCUGUCUCAAAUGCUCCCGCCCAUCUCAGAGGAUAAGCUGAAAACAGAGCGAGAGUUACCUCCUCUUCUCCUCGGACCUGGAUUCUCCUGUAAACACUUUCCCUACCAGCCAGAUCAGUGUUUCCACCUUCAUGGUGGGAUCGAGUUUGAUGUCGGGACUCCUGAACUGGAGGACAUCACUAAGGAGAUGAAGACGGCCUUUUCAACGAUACAGGAUCAGGCCACAUGCUUUCUAAAAGACUUACUUCAGCAAGACACGACAUACAGAAAGCACUUUCCCAUUCCCCUGAGUGAAACUGCUGAUGGGAAAAGGUACUGCGUGAUCUCAAUUGAGCUGGCAUCAUUCUAUCCUCAACACAACACGGUGCAGUGGUGGGAAGGCAUGAGCACGGUCAUCAGAACCCUGCGGGGACAGAAACUGCCCUUAACAGACAUUCAGCUUCAUGAACAGUUCAAGAAGACAUUUGGAUAUGCAAAAGCCAUAAAGUGCAAGAGCGUCCCAUAUGGUCUCCGGGCUGCAGCAGAGCGCGGCAUGUCUGCUACAUUUCUCACUCUGAGCCGCAAGAACCCCCCGUCCAUCCUAGGCCUGCUGGACGAGCGCGGCUUCUCGCUGCUGCACCACGCUGCCACCUGUAACCACGCACACAUCAUCAGCCAACUGGCAGCCGCUGGCAUCAACCUCACCCAGACACGCAGCUCCAGAUUCAACCAUCCCAUGAAAUCUGGAGCUGGUGAUCAGAUGAGAGAGGGAGCUGGACUUACGCCGUUGCACCUGGCGGCGCAGUGUGGUUCUCUGGAGGCUCUGAACUGCUUGCUUGCUCUGCAGACAGACUACAGACUCGUGGACUGGAGAGGCUGGAUGGCUGUCCAUUUCGCAGCCUUUUACAGCCAGGUUGCAUGUGUCCAGGCCCUGUGCAGGAAAGAUCCAACCUUGCUGGACACGCACACAUCAGCAGAGUAUCGCACCACUCCCCUGUUACUGUCAGCCAUGUCAGGUUCUGUGGAGACACUGGACUUCCUGCUGUCCAGCGGAGCAGAGUGGCGAGAGAAGGACAGUAAGGGCAAUAACGUGGUCCAGCUGGCAGCCCUUUACUUCAACAUCGAUGUCCUCAGGCGUUUCCUCCGGAUGAAUCUGGAGGGCCUUAAUGUGUGGAAGAUUCUUGUUGAGAUGCUGCAGAGUGAGGAGCACAGGAGGCUGGAGAUGGCUGUCAGAUGUCUGGAGGCUCUCUGUGUGAGUGCUGACUCCUCCUGGAAGGACAUCAUGGAAGCAGGUGGUGUAGCAGCCCUGGUGGAGAUCCUGUGCAACGGAAGGCCGACUCUCCAAUGCGUGGCCGCAGCAGUGGUGUGUCACAUGACAGAGAAUGUAGCUGUAUGUGAGGAGCUGAUGCGGCACAGUGCCGUCCCGGUGCUGAUUCAACUCCUUAGCAGCCAGCAGCCUGAGCUCCACUCGCGCUGUGCUGUUAUACUGGCAGAUCUGGCCAGCCACAGUGGUCAGUACCAGACCCAUAUUGCUGACCUGGGUGGGGUGGCGCCAGUCGUGCAGCUCCUGAACUCUGAGCUCCAAGACGUGCUGCUGAACGUUAUGCGGUGUGUCAGGGCUCUGUGUAUUGGUUGCCCUGCCAACCAGACCGCAGUGGCUCUGACUGGAGGAAUCCCACAGCUGGUUGAAUUCCUCACCAUGAACUCUGAGGUCCUGCAGGAAGAGGCCUGUCUGGCUCUGGCUGAGCUGGCCCGUGACCACAGGGAGAACCAGGAGCUGAUCUGUGGGGCUGGUGCCAUAAGCCCCCUGGUGCAGGUCCUGCGGGCCAGAAAGAUGUCUGCCCAGAUCAAAGCAGCCAGUGCUAUUGAGGCCAUAGCACACCAAAACCCUGCCAUACAGGAAUUAUUCCUGAAGAAGUCUGCUGCCAAAUAUCUUCUACGGGUCUCUAAGGUGUUCUACCAGCAGGCGAGGGAGCAGGGGGCCACAGCUCUCUGGGCCCUGGCAGGACACACUCUGAGACAGCAGAAGCACAUGGCCAAGCUCAUGGGCUACCACUUCAUCCUGAACAUGCUCCUGUCCACCUCGGACAAAAUGCAGUACGUGGGUUGCCAGGCAGUGAUAGCCCUCUGCCAGGACAGCUGUACCCACCAGAAAGGCUUUUGCAAAGAAAAUGGGGUGCCACCACUGGUACGACUGCUGCGCGGGUCCCGUACCAAGGAGAGGACUCUCCUCAGCGUCAUCAGCGCCCUCCGUACCCUGUGCAUUGGAGUGGCUCACACUAACAAUGCGAAGAGUCAAAGGGUGAUUUAUGAGGAAAAAGCUAUUCCGACCCUAUUAGAGCUUCUGCAAGGCCACGAGUCUCUGCAGGUUAAGGUCCAGGUCGCUCAGACUCUGGCUGGCAUCCUGUUAGGGAACCAGGAGCUCCAGAAAGCCUUCUGGGAACAUGAAGACUUCUCCUAUGAUGUCAUUGUGGAGCUUCUGCAAUCCCAAGACACAAACAUCCGUCUGGAGGCUGGACAAGCGUUGGCCUUGUUUGCGUACAAAAACCCAACUCAGCAGACAGCAAUUGUGAGAAAAGGCGGUGUUCCAGUGCAAGCCUACGAGGACUUUCUGAACUCAGUUGAUGAGACAAAGAAGGCCAAGGCUGCAUUUCAGAUAGUUGUACUUGCUAAAGUGAUCACUGACUCUGGCAAAGUGACACUCACAGCAAGAGGGAUCACUGUUCUGGUAGCAUUACUGCAAUCGGAAGAGCCCACCACUGUGGUCAUUACAGCUCAGUUACUGGCGAGCUUGGCUCACACCAGAGCUGGUAUUCCAGAUGCCAUCGUGGCCAUGGGAGCAAUAGGGUACCUCACAGCCCACCUGCACUCUGAGAUAGAAGAGGUCAGAUCAGCCUGUGCCAGCGCUCUCGGUUACCUGACCUUCAAUCGACAUGCGCAUCGCCUUCUGAUGGUGGAAUGCAGGAACACUCCUCUCACAUACACACUGCUGAAGGACCAUCUAGCUGAGGACGCCAAGAUAUGUCGCAAAUUUACAUCUGAGUUCAGAAGACAAAGGGCGGUGGGUCUACCAUCACUCAGUUUGGAGAAAAACGGGGGCCCGCCUGUCCAUCAACGCUUCAGUAAAGGUGUGUCUACCACACGGAGUGCAUUACACAGAUCAGCCAUCAGAAGCAGCUCUGACAGAACCAGCCAUUGUCACUUGGUUGCGCAGACCAGCAAAUGAGAAAUUGCAGUCGUAGUGCUGUCCCAUUGGUGACCUGAAGUGGAACUUGAGUCGAUCACCUUCCUUCGCCAAGAGCUCAAUUGCUUGCCCACCACUAAGACUGGAACAUUUUGGAUGCUUAAUAAGAGACAGUCUUCUUGCUACCUGUCAAAUUAAAUCAUAACUGGUCACUUCAAACUCAA